GAGUGCCAAGUUCAGUUCAGAAGCUGUAAAAAAGUGGAAAAUUUGUACCUUUUCCGAACAAUUCCGUGCUAUGGAUAGAGGAGAAAAGGGCAAAUAAGAGCGUAAGGAACGCGCGUGGCGAUUACGGCGACGAGCGGAACAAAACGAGGAUACUCUGAAGACCAUUCACGCAUCCGCUUCGCCACCAAAUCCCGGGCCAGUUUGAGGACAAGUGCUGGCGCGGUUCGCCGUUUGGUCCGUCGAGGGUGGUGCAAGAAUAGCGUGGAAAAAAUAUAUGAAACGUUCUGCUCAGCACCAAAAAAGGAUGAAAUCGAGAACCAGAACCAUCGGCGGUCGAUUUUCCGCUCGCUAGGCGUGAAAUGUCGGGCUGGGUUUGACUUGACGGUGAACAAAAUGUCAGCAGGCUGGCGGCUGCACUCUAUUGAAAUGGCUUAUUGAUCUUACGUGUUGGGCUGCAAACGGAGAGAAACAUUUUGGCCAUAAAUCGGUGCGACGAGAGGUGAUUUGCGUAGUGCAUCAAACGAACAACACCAUCUAAGCUUACAAUCCCGCUCCCGAGCGAAUGCAUUUUACCGGAAGUCAAUCGGAAAACAAGAGUUCUGCUGCUGGGUCCUUUGCUCAAAAUUGUCCUCAAAACCCGGACAGCAUCCGUUGCGCUGAAGGCAAGUGAAAGGGAGAGAUAGCGAAAGACUGAGGCAACAAGGAAGGGCACGGAAGGGCGUAAGAAUGGAUGUCGAUUCACCAAAUGCGCUGAAACGCUGCUCGAGUGCGCCACACAUCAACAACUUGCCCACCACGGCUAACGUCGGUGUGCAGCCGAUGGAAGAAGGACAAUCACAACCGGAAACAAGCAGCUUGCAGCACCGCCGAGCCACAACGGGAGUCGGUGUGGAACCACACACCACGCCAGGCAACAUGCUGAACUCGACAUCGUCCUGCCAAGGAUCAGCACAACCUGGAUCCAGUUCCCAUAUUCCCCUUUGUAGGGAAACCUUCCCGACGUCCUUCUCCAACAUAUUCACACCGCGCGUUCGACGUUUCUCUGCCAGCUUCAGCCCACUGGCGGCCAUAUCGAACGGCAGCGCCAGCCCGAGCCGCAACGGAUGUGGUACGCCCGGUCCAAGACUGACGCCCCGGAUUUCACAGCUCCGCCAGGAGGAGUGCGCCGAUGUCAGCAACAGCCGGGAGGUAAACCAUGAGCGGGAGAUCCAUUCGGCCAUGCAAAUUUCCCAGAGCUACGAAGACCUAACGCUCGUCGCGGAAAACUGGUCCUUCGCUGCUUCGGCCAGCAAAAUGAACGAAGAGUUACAGAAUCCGUUGCACGUAGCGCUGCCAUCGGUUGGCUCCACCUGCUGUUCUAGUCCUUCGCCCACAAGUCGCGGUGGUAUUACCCUUCAGUAUCCGACCACUUCACCAUCACCGACGCGUAAGUUUGUCACGCGCCGAUCGAUGUCACCCUGUCCGCUGCGUCCCAGUCCGCUCAGCUCUUCAGUGAAGCGAAAGUUCGACCUUGAGGAGAAUCACGGUAGUUGUUACUCACCGCCACCGAAGAAAUUUUUUACCUCCGAACGCGGAUCUCCGUCUCCAGUCUAUCAGACACCCUCUCCUUCGCCAAUUUGCCCGAGUCCGGAUUCGUCGACGACAUCGUUUGAGAACGGGUACAACAACCUCGCACAUCCCAGUGGCACCUUUCCGCUUGCGCCAUCCAGUGGCCGUGUUACGCCAAAGUUUUUCCUAACAAAGCUAUCUGCGAACCCGGGACCGGGUGGCGGUACAUCUUGUAUGACUUUGCCAUUCGGAACACCGCCAGGUCCGGCGAUGCAGUUUGGCGUCGGUGUUGAGAGAGGCGGAGGAAGCAAUAGCAGUAGCUUGUGCACCACACCAACUGGUGUACCUCCGGCGACGGUUGGUGCUACGGCAGAACUACCGUCGUCCUCAGUGGCAUCACCGGGAGUGAUAGAAGGUGGAGGUGCGGUCGGGGUAAACCCGAUCAAUCCCUCUAGGCCCCCCUCGACUGUAAUAAUGAUGGACUGUGGCGUUAGCAGCAGCAGCAGUAGCAGCAGUAGUAGCAGCAGCAGUAGCAGCACCAGUGAGUGUCCAGAGACAACGAUGGAAGUAAACCAUUCGGUACCGGAUGGAGCUACUGCUUGCAGUAAGCGUGAUGAUGGUACAAAGAUGGUGUGUGAUACCGAUGCAGCGAAUGAAGAAGCGAUCAACCGAAAUCGGGGUGCAUUGUCCACCACUAGCUUUGGUAGCUCUGGGCGUGAGCUGCGUGCACAGCUGCUUAGAACGGCUCUGGAACAGGAACCGGCACUAGGAAACUGCAGUAAUAGCAACAGCAGCACUACUAGCAGCAUCGGUAGCAGUCAAAGCAGUGCCAACAGCAGCGUGAAUAGCUGCCUGAACCGAAGUACUGGCAGUAUCGGUAGCAAUAUAACCGGAGCUGCCAGCACUAUCGAUAGCAGCUCUUGCAACAGCAAUAGCAGUAGCUGUGUUUCGG